AUGGCAGCUGUUCCCCAAAACAACCUUCAGAAGCAGCUUGACCUUCAUUCAGUUAAAGGCACCCUAAAUAAACUGACACUUCCCAAACCAAAAGCUGUGGGAUUUACUUUCAAAAAGAAAGCCUCUCUUGAUAACUGCACACCAGUGGAAUAUUUAGGUGGGACAAAAGAUGUGGCCUUAAAGGAAAAGGAUAUUAACUUAUCCUUGACAAAACCGUAUGUGUCUUUCCCUAGCAUUAAGGAUAAGCAGACCAAAAUCAAUUCUCUCCAUGAAAGAACAUUGAAAGGACACAAAGGAAAACAGAACCAUCCGAAUGAGCUGUGUUUGAAUUCUUUGGAUUGUUUCCUGUCUCCUGUGAAAGAAAGAGAUGUGGGCAGUGAACAAAGUGACCCCCAGUUCCCAAAAGCAGACCGUAACUGUUCAUACAAUUCAGUUAUCGACAUUGAUGAUGUCUGGAAUGACAUGGAUGACUUUGAAAUAGCCGGGCAGCAAAAGAAAUGCUCAAAAUCAUAUGUUUCGUUUUCAGACACUCAGUCUGUAAAAACUAGCAAGGCUUCAGAAAGGCUAAAUGUCUUCACCAGUAAGUCAUCAAAGAAGGAAACCACAGGAAAAGUUAACCAAGAAUGUAAUGAAGUCUGUAUUCAAAAGAAUAGCAAAAUACAGAUGCCACUUAAGGAACAAGGUAUCACAGAGAGCCAAUCCGUCAUCUGGCUUGAUCCUCCAACAUCCAGCCCCUGUGAAAACUUUGCAGAUGAAGAUCAUCAAGAGGCAACUUCUGUAGCUAGUACCUUGAGGGACAAAAAGGAAGAGUCUUUGAAGGUACAGAAAGAUGCUGGCUUUAUGCUAAAUGGAAAUGAGAAACAGCAUGAUGAUGGGUGGAAAGAUCCCCUGAUGGGCAAUGAGUUUGAGGAUGAGGAAGAGUAUGUGGACUUCAUACCGCCUUCCCCGGAGGAAGAGAUGCCUUCUUUAUCCCCUUUUAAAACCAUUAGAGAAUCUGCAGCUGAGAAACCACUAUCUCCUGAAGCUUUGAAAAACAGCCUUACAGACUCUGGAGGAACCACAAACGGAAGCAGCGAAGGGCAGGAAGGCUGGUCCCUCUACAGUGUGAUGGAGAACAUCUGUAAACUAGUGGAUUCCAUCCCAGAAAGGGAGCUAAAGUCUUUGUCAUGUGAGAAGGAGCUAAUUCAGCAUAGAGACUGCAGAAGAAAACUGUUAAAUAAUUGCACUAACAGAGGCGGAAAGGACACUUGUAUAUCUAUGGAUGUAAACAGCAAGCUCUAUUCUGGGUAUGAUGAAUCUCUGGAAGGCGAUGUUUCUUUUCAGCUGGGAGAAAAAUAUGGCAUUAGCCUUCAAGGAGAAACUCUUAUUUCUAGACAAGGUUCCCGAAAACCACUUGCUGUUGAAUACCAGUACAACCAUUCACCCCCCUCCUUUGCACCAAACACUCAAGGCCCAUGUAAUACUCACCUGUCAAGUUUUUCAGAGUGUUCUGCUGUGCACAGUGACAUCUCUGCACUGGAAAGUGUGUUGUCUUUUCCCAAAAGAGUCACCAAUGAAAGAACUUCAUCCCAAACACCAAAGAUGGAAGGGAAAGUGAAGGAUUGGUUAUAUUCAGAGAUGAAUGUACCAACUUCAAGGGGACAAAGAAAACUCUCUCUACUUAAAAGCAAUUUGGGAGGUAACAACUCCACAGCAACAGGAGGUAUGAACUUUGAAAAUGGAGAUUUUGGUAUUGAUGACUUCAGUGAACUGGAUGAUGAUGACUUCAAUGAACUGGAUGAUGUACUAACUACUUCAACAACUGAGCAGCCCUAUAAAGCUCACUACCAGCUUGUUGGGGAAGCCCAGUCUGCCAAACCAUUCCCAGAAAAGAACUCCCUUAUUGCCAAGGAAAAUAGUCAUCUUUCAAAUCCUAUUUUCCCCCGAGCAAAGUUCAUUGUGCCUGCCAAGAGUUGCUCUGACCCACUGAUGAAAAAUCCACCUUCUGGAGAUCCAGCACUAGAGCACUUGAGAGGCUUAGCGUUUCCCCAUUCUAAUGAAAUGAUGAAGAUAUUUCACAAAAAAUUUGGUCUGCAUCACUUCCGAACCAAUCAGCUUGAGGCCAUCAAUGCCUCUCUGCUAGGCAAAGACUGCUUCAUUUUAAUGCCCACAGGAGGUGGCAAAAGUUUAUGCUACCAGCUGCCAGCUUGUGUUUCAGUGGGAGUCACCAUUGUAAUCUCCCCCUUGAGGUCACUGAUAAUAGAUCAAGUUCAGAAGCUAACAGCAAUGGACAUUCCAGCUACGUACCUGACUGGUGAUAAGACUGAUGCUGAAGCAUCCAGAAUCUAUAUGCAGCUGUCAAAGAAAGAUCCCAUCAUAAAACUUCUCUACGUUACUCCAGAGAAGGUUUGCUCAAGUGGCCGGCUGAUGUCAACUCUGGAAAAUCUAUAUGAGCGGCAGCUGUUGGCACGAUUUGUGAUUGAUGAGGCACACUGUGUCAGCCAGUGGGGCCAUGACUUUCGUCAAGACUACAAGCGUCUGAACAUGCUUCGUAAGAAAUUCUUCUCCAUUCCUAUGAUGGCUCUUACUGCCACUGCAAACCCAAGGGUGCAAAAGGACAUCCUAAAUCAACUGGAGAUGCUUAAGCCACAGGUGUUUAGUAUGAGCUUUAACAGGCACAACUUGAAAUACGACGUUUUGCCAAAAAAGCCUAAAAGCGUUGCUUUGGACUGCUUGCAAUGGAUCAGAAAAUACCAUCCGCAUGACUCUGGAAUAAUUUAUUGUCUCUCACGUUAUGAAUGUGACUCAGUUGCCAACAUUUUGCAGAAAGCUGGCCUUUCUGCACUUGCUUAUCACGCUGGUCUUCCUGACAACAUCAGAGUUCUUGUGCAGCAAAAGUGGAUUAAUCAGGAUGGAUGUCAGAUUAUAUGCGCCACCAUUGCUUUUGGAAUGGGGAUUGAUAAACCUGAUGUGCGCUUUGUGAUCCAUGCUUCUCUCCCUAAGUCAAUUGAAGGUUACUAUCAAGAGUCAGGCAGAGCUGGGCGUGAUGGAGAAAUCUCUCAUUGCCUGCUUUUCUACAGCUAUAGUGACGUCACCAGGCUGAGAAGGCUCAUUCUAAUGGAAAAAGAUGGCAACAGCCAUACACGGCAGACCCAUUUUAACAACCUCUACAGCAUGGUCCAUUACUGUGAAAAUGUAGUGGAGUGCCGGAGAAUACAAUUGCUAGCCUAUUUUGGAGAAACUGGCUUUAAUUCUCAGUUUUGUAAGGAAUACCAUGAAGUCAGUUGUGACAACUGCUGCAAACAACAGGAUUAUAAAUUGAGGAAUGUGACUGAAGAAGUGAGAAACAUUGUUAGGUUUGUUCAGGAGCAUUGUGGUGGAAAGGGCAAAAGAAGUACGAAGAGCAACCUAGGGAAAUAUACACUGAAUAUGAUGAUUGACAUUUUCUUGGGUACAAAAAGCGCCAAGAUUCAGUCUGGCAUGUUUGGCAAGGGAGCAGCCUACUCACGCCAUAAUGCUGAGCGACUCUUUAGAAAGCUAGUAUUGGACAAGAUUCUGGAUGAAGACCUGUACAUCACUGCUAACGAUCAAGCAGUAGCAUACGUUCAGAUAGGGGAAAAGGCUCAUGCUGUGCUAAAUGGUUCUCUACAGGUAGAAUUCUGUGAAACUGAAAGUGCCAGCAGCAUUCGCAAGCAAAGGGCCUCAGUGACCAAGAUGUCCCAGCGGGAAGAGAUAGUUAAGAAAUGUCUCUCAGAUCUGACAGAUGUCUGCAAAAAUCUUGGGAAAGUGUUUGACAUCCAUUACUUCAAUAUUUUUAACACCGCCACACUUAAAAGAAUUGCGGAGACGUUAUCUUCGGACUCCGCAGUUUUGCUUCAGAUUGAUGGGGUUACAGAGGACAAGUUAGAGAAAUAUGGAGCCGAAAUAAUUGAGGUGAUGCAGAAGUACUCUGGAUGGACACUGCCAGUGGAAAACAAAUCUCUCCCAACCAUGGAUGCUGAUGUCACAAGAGGUUACAAUGUUAAUGAAGCAGAGGAGGAGAUGUGCACAACAUCUGGCUAUUUCCAAAAUAAAGCCAACAAAGGAAGAAAGAGAAAAAAGCCACAGUUAUUCAGAGACUCAAAGAAGAAGAAAACUGGUCCCGGCGCCCAGCAGGCUCAUUCCAAGGGGGGUUACAAAUUCUGCAGAAAGAUAUCAUCAUCCAACUCCAAAGGUUGUACAUUUGACCUUCCUCCAGUCAAGCUAGGAAUUGGCAAAAGGCCUGGAAUUAUGGCACCGCCAAAACCCCAAAGCAGACAAUACCUUAAACCGUCUUAUUCGCUUUUGUAAUGUCCUUUAAAGCUCUUUUCAUUUGUAUGAGCAGUACUUCUUAUAAACUUUCUAAAAAUUUGAU